AUGAGUGUCGCCAUCGAGCCUGCCCCGGCGUCUGAUCAGAACCUGUCAGAUGGGGUCCAGAAGCUUCGGCUGCAGUCAGUAGAUCUGGAACAGCACCAAGACUCGGGCUACUUCACACAAUCACAGACGCCUGACCGGAACUCCAAGCAGUCGAGUCGCAGUUCGUCCAGUGCUGUCGACAGGUUUGUGGCCCAGACGCGCAUGCUGAGAUCGGGAGCCAACCAUUCCGAAGACCUCUCCGAGUUCGAUGUCCCCGUAGAAGCCGUCACCAUCUCCCGUUUUGCCAAUAUCCAGCCGCAGAUUGAGCGGGCCCUCCUCAAGUAUGUCCACAAGACCCCAGGUAAACACCGCGCCAUGGCCAUCCGUCUGAUGGUCCUCGGGGCGUCAGCGGCACAAGCGAAACCACACAUUGUGGUGCUGGUCACUGAAGAAGUGUAUAAGCGGGUGCGCAAAUUUUUUGACAAGACGUCAGUUCAAUCUCUGGUUCGACCUUGUGAUGAGACAUUACCUUCAUUUGAGGUCCUUAUUUACGCACGGCCACCGGAACCGAAGCAGGCCGAGCAUGAUGAUAUCGACGUUUUGGUGCCCCUCAUCAAUGGUGGUCUUGGCUUUAACACAGAUACAUUCUGUGGCGCACCAAUCAUCAUUCGACACCCGUCAGGGGUUGAGAAGAUAGCUACUUUUGGUGGAAUCAUCAAAGCCGUUGACCGGAACGGGGAGUUUAAGUUAUACGGCUUGACAGCUGGCCAUGUUGUCGGAGACUGGGAUGACUACGUAUCGGUCGAAUCAGCCAGCGACACAGGCCAGAAUGAUGAUGAAUUGCUUCUAUCCGAGUCAGAUCCAGACUCAGACUCAGAUUUAGAGUCAAACUUUGAGAUGAGCGAAAUUGUAGAGCCCGUUAAUAAGUCUGAAGAAAUCACAGAAGAUGCUGCUGCACCCUCUAACGAGCCAGAAAAGGUGUUGAUACUCCAAGACAGCUUAACGGCUUGGACGUCCUUUGAAUUCGGAAAUGUGGGGGUCAUCUCAAAAGACAGCCCUCAGAUGAAUAGCCAGUCUAGCUGGCAGAAAGAGGGUGGCUCUGCAUAUUUUGACUGGGCGCUAAUCGAGAUAUCAAGUUAUAAGCCUAACCAUCUGCGUUCCAGGGCCCUAAGCGCAGAUGGGUCCUCUGAACUUGUGGCAUCUACAUCAGGCGACCUGGUGAAGCCCCUAGCUGCAUCGACUUACAGAGGUGUUAAGAAGUCGGUAAUUGUUAUCAGCGGAUCAGAAGGGCCCAAGAGAGGGACUAUCUCGGCACUUCCAUCAAGAAUCUUGCUGGGGCCUGGUAAGGAGUUUAUUGACGCAUUGGUCGUGAAUUUGGAUGGAGGCAAAGCACGUAUUUGGCUAACCAAUGAAGCAGAAAUCGCAGAUGGUGACUCGGGAUCAUGGGUAGUGAAUGAGAGAAGCCGCGAGGUAUACGGCCACAUCAUCGCUGCCGAUGCGUUUGGUGGUGGAUACAUCAUACCUAUGGACGACACCCUUCGCGACAUCAAAACCCACCUCCAAGUUGAAUAUGUUGACGUAGCGUCUCUCGUUGAUAUAGCCAGUGUUUCGAUGGUGAAAAUGACCUCAGUUACGGCGGUUGAUGAUGAAACCAAAGAGCGUGCAGUUUCAGAAUCAAUGCCAGAGCCCAAAGCUCCUGAGCCACAAGAACAGGUGAAUGUCCCGCCAAGGACCAGGAGGAGUCAGAGCCGUGGGUAUAACAUCAGCGGAACUGAUGCGAACGACGACAAGGGACCUCAAUUCAAGGUAGUUGCAGAUAUGACUACCGAAGUUGAUGACAUUUACCUUGAACGGCAAGACAUAGGAAGCCGUAAUCGCCGUCGUUACUCUCACGAUUAUGAACUCUUACCACUGGUGCCCAGAGGCGUUGCAUACGGUUAUUCUGUCUGGCCAUCCGAACUGCGGUCCAACCACCGCCCCGUCAUGGUUUUUCCUAGCUUCACCGACUCGGGCUACGGCACGCGUGAUAACUCAGCCAGAAGUUCUGCUUCCGCCUACGAUAUCGCUGACUCGGGCUACGGAACAGGCAAGAGCUCAGCCAACAGCUCUCGUGCGUCCUCUGGUUCCACCAUUUCGGGUCCGCGUUGCCACUACUACGAGUCAUCCGCUCAGAUACACUCAACAAAUUCUCGCCCUGAAGUAAGUGUCAACGACAGUCGUUCACCCCGCGACAGAGUUUCAUACCACCAAGAUCCUCGGGUGCAUCGCUCGCGGUCUAUGUCCCGAAACAGCACCUCAGACAUCUCGGGUUCGCGCUGCCACUACGAGUCAUCCGCUCAGAUGCACUCACCGAAUUCUCGGCCUGAAGUAAUUGUCAACGACAGUCGUUCACCCCGCGACAGAACUUCAUACCACCAAGAUCCUCGAGUGCCUCGCUCGCGGUAUAUGACCGACGAAGAACCCCGCAUCAGGCGUCAUCAACGUGGGAUGUGGCUUGCGGAAGAAGAUGAGCAGAGAUCGCGGAUCGACCGCGUCAACGAAGAAAUUUCCAUACUCUCUGCCCUGCCCCAAGCACCCAUCACGCGAUACCGUCGGGGCUCAAUAUCUGUAAAUCAGCCAGAUGAUAAUCUUAUCGAUACGAUGAAUGAUGUUCGUAUCCGAGAGACUGUAGCAGUCGAUGCUGAGAAAGAGCGUCUCCGUGAGCCCCAAACUUAG